GCACGAAAUAUGAAGAUUUUUUUUAAACCGUUAGAUUUAAUGGUUUUCUCGACGGUAGAUGAUAAAAAAACAACUUUGAGAUUUUUUUUUUUUUUUUUUUUUGGUGUGUUAAAAUGAAAGUUUCAAAGGUAAAAAAUACUUUUUGUGAAUUUUUUUUUUGGUAAAUGUAAAAAAAAAAUCCUAAGUUUUUUGUCUUUUACUUUUCUUAGCAAUUUAAAAAGAAAUUUUUUUAAAAAAUACACAGUAGUCAAACACACAAAAACUUCAAAGUCUCCGUUGAUUUACUGGUUCAAUUCUCCCUCAUCAGUCAUCAUUCUGGGUUUCCGCCAUGGAUAAACCCAAUAAAAAGCUCAAAGCUCAGUUCAAAUUCCAACCCAUUUCACCAUUAACACUCUUCUUCAUCUUCUCUCUCCCUUCUUCUUUCUCUCUCCUCUACCUUCCUCCUCCACCAUUACCCCUCCUCCCCAUCCCCACCUCCCAGCAGCUUUCAUGGCAGCUCUCAGAAAUGGCAAUCUUCCUCCACUUUGGCACCAACACUUUCACCGACUCCGAAUGGGGCGACGGUAAAUCCGACCCAUCUAUCUUCUUUCCCUCCAAUUUCGACGCUAAACAGUGGGUUGCCGUCGUUAAAUCUGCCGGGUUUAAGAGGGUGAUUUUGACGGCGAAACACCAUGAUGGGUUCUGCCUUUGGCCGUCUGAUUACACUGAUUAUUCUUUGAAAUCGAGUAAUUGGCGAGGUGGGAAUGGCGAUGUAGUGGGUGAUUUGGUUGUUGCUGCAAAAGAGAGUGGGAUUCAAUUGGGGUUGUAUCUCUCUCCUUGGGAUCGCCAUGAAAGUUGUUAUGGGAAUACUUUGGAGUAUAAUGAGUUUUAUUUGGGACAAAUGACUGAAUUGCUAACUAGAUAUGGGGAGAUCAAGGAGGUAUGGUUGGAUGGUGCCAAGGGAGAGGGGGAGAAGGAUAUGGAAUAUUUCUUUGACAUCUGGUUUGAUCUAAUUCAUCAACUGCAACCCAAAGCCGUAAUCUUUUCUGAUGCUGGACCUGAUGUUCGGUGGGUUGGAGAUGAAGCUGGUGUUGCUGGAUCAACUUGCUGGUCUUCUUUCAAUAGGAGCGCUGCAAAAAUUGGUGGAACUGAUCCCCAGUAUUCACGGGAAGGAGACCCACGAGGGCAUGAUUGGGUACCUGCUGAAUGUGAUGUCUCCAUCAGACCUGGUUGGUUUUGGCAUGCAUCUGAAUCACCAAAAUCUGCACUGUCUCUACUUGACAUCUACUACAAAUCAGUAGGCAGAAAUUGUCUUUUACUGCUAAAUGUUCCCCCAAACUCCUCUGGUCUUAUAUCUGAUGAAGAUAUACAAGUACUUCAAGAAUUCGCUGAGCUUCGGAGCUCUAUUUUUUCCAAUAACCUGGCUAGGCAUGCCAUUGUGUUUGCCAGUAGUACACGAGGAGAUAGUGAUUCUCGCUUUGGUGCCUCCCAUGUUCUUGAAGAGAAUAUUUAUACAUAUUGGGCCCCAGAAAAGAACCAAGCUCAUUGGAUAUUGUAUUUAGACUUGAAGGAUAUAGUCGCUUUCAAUGUCUUGCAACUUCAAGAACCAAUUCAACUAGGGCAAAGGAUCACAUAUUUUUACAUUGAUAUUAUGAAAGACAAGGGGCAAUGGAAGAGAAUUUUGGAUGGGACUACCAUUGGAUACAAAAGACUCUUACAAUUUCCGAGAGUGGAAUCUCAGUACUUGAGGUUGGUGAUUGAGAAAGCUCGUGGAGACCCUCUUAUUUCCUUUGUUGGGGUUCAUAUGGAUCCUUAUUUAACCCUAACAAGCAUAUCUGAUACAAGUCAUACAACCAAAAGGCUGCCAUCAAAUGGAAACGAUUUAUUGAGCAAGUUUAAAGAUACUCUCUAUUCUAUACCAUACAGAAAGAUGUCUCUCAGAUCUCAAAUUUAGGUAAGCCUUACUAUGGGAGCAUAUCAUACUGUGGGAAUCCGGUGGGAUGCAUUCCACCUUUUUUUCCUCUGCUUUAUUACGGUCCUUGAUUGUACUUCAACAUUAAUCUCGGAGUAAAAAGUUCAAUGAUACAAGAUCGAAAGUUUAAAUCAAGCUUUGCCUCAUUUAUUCUUCUGAGUGGCAAAAGAAAGUGUAUUAAUCUCGAUGUGUUUAUCCUAAACAUCCAUAGUGCAUAUGUUUGUACCAUUUGUAUAUCAAUGAUUCAAUCACCUGUGGAAAGUGGAAUACUCUUUCUGAAGCGAGUAUUGUUGUAUGUUUGAAAUGAUUACAGAAAUGAACAGUUUGCUCGAUGUACACUGUUGGAAUUUGUGAUUCAGAGAUUUUAUUAUUAAUGCAAAUGCUGUGUUUUUACUA